AGUGGGGACCUCUCACCACUCUCCACCGCCCACCAAAGCCAAUCUUUGCCAACUCAAUUUAUCUAACCCUAGACCCCCCAUCCUCUCUUUUAAUUUCUCCCUAACAUCCCAAACUCUUGUGUAAAACCAUGAUGGAAUUCAGCUGAAACCAUGGGAUGCUGGUGUGCUUCCUACUACUCCAUUAAACAACUUCAAAGAUCAAAAACCUGAAAGCAAAGCCAGAAGAAAAAGAAAAGAGCUGUCCAAUCCAAGCACUCUGUUCACUGUUGCUAUUAUAUAUAAAUAUAUAUAUUCUCUCUUUUAGUCUCUUUUGCUUCCACUAUCUUCCUUUAAUUCUUUUACAAGCUAGCUUUUUAUUAUUUUCUUUGAUGUUUUUGGUCUGGGAUUCCUGUUUUUGUAUGUAAGUUGAGAUCGCUUCGAGAUUGUAAAAAACAAAAGUAUUAUAUAGCAUGGAUCCAGUUUCAUCAUCACAUGGCCUUUCUCUUCCACCUCCAUUUCAUAUACGAGAUUUCAAUCUUCACCACCAUCCUCAGCUUCAACAGCAAGAAAAUCAGUAUCAUCAUCACCAAAACUCUGAAGAUGAGCAAAGUGGAAGCAGCAGCGGGGUUAAGAAAAGGGAUCGGGAUGAUAUCAACAAUAACAACAACAACAACAGCAGCGCCAACAACGAAGGCAAAGAGCUUAGCCUUCAAGGCUAUGGUGAAGGAGAGUUCAAUCGAAGACCACGAGGCAGGCCUGCUGGAUCCAAGAACAAACCUAAGCCACCUAUCAUCAUCAACCGAGACAGUGCCAACGCUUUACGCACGCAUGUCAUGGAGAUAGGGGAUGGAUGUGACAUUGUUGAAAGCGUCACAACCUUUGCUAGAAGACGUCAGAGGGGAGUUUGCAUAAUGAGUGGGACUGGGACCGUCACGAAUGUGACCCUUAGGCAACCAGCCUCGGCUGGUGCAGUUGUCAACUUACAUGGCCGAUUUGAGAUACUAUCAUUGGCGGGAUCAUUCUUGCCUCCACCUGCACCGCCGGCUGCUACGGGGAUAACCAUAUAUUUGGCUGGCGGACAAGGCCAAGUUGUGGGCGGUAGUGUUGUUGGGACACUCACUUGUUCAGGCCCGGUUGUGAUUAUGGCAGCUUCUUUUAGUAACGCCGCAUAUGAGCGGCUUCCAUUGGAAGAAGAAGAUGAAGGACAGCUUCCAGUGCAAGGGGAUGGAAUUGGAUCACCCGCUGCAGUUGGAGGGCAACAACAGCAGCAGCAGCAGCAGCAAGCCUUGGCUGAGUCAAAUGCGCCUCUUUUUCAUGGAUUACCACCUAAUCUUCUCAAUUCUAUUCAGUUACCAAGUGAGGCAUUUUGGGCUACUGGUCGCCCUCCAUUCUAGCUAACAGUUUUCACCACUUAAUGAUGCGAGUGUUGGUUAAUCCCGUUUCACUUUCAGCUACAACAAUCAAAGACUACACAAGUUUAAUUUGUAGCCAGGAAAUUUGGGUUUGUUGAGCAACAUUUUCAGGUUUUGGUUUCUUUUACUAUUCUCUUUUUUUCCUUCCUUUACUGAAUUUAAUUUGAUGAGUAGGUCAUAUAUAUGCCUGCAUGCUGAUUGAAUGACAGUAAGUUCGUAGUUUGAUUUCAUGAGAAUAAGAAGAAGAAAGGGACAGCUUCCAAAA